UCAUCUUUACGUUAGCUCGUCUUUCUCUUUCCUCCCCCAUUCUAACGUCCCCUCUCACUCAACACACUUUUCAACUCUCUCUCCCUCUCUCUCUCUAAAGCUCUGAUCAUAUUGGACCAAAAUCCCAUUUCUGAGUCUCCGCAAUUCCCUUUCCUUUCUGGGGUUUUCUGUUUCCUGCUUCCUGAGAUUCUCAAUCCGAAAACCUGCAUUUUCGAAGGUUGUUAUUAUAAUUUGUUUUGUAUUUCUCUCUAAAAAAAAAAAAAAAUUGUGUCUUCUGUUUCUCUGUGUUUGUGGGGGUGUUGGGGUUUGAUUCUAUGGCUGCGGGUCCUGAGAUUUCCGGUGAGGCAGCAGCUGCGAAGAACGAGUCAAACUCGGAAGAAGUGAAGAAAUCGGAAGAAUCGGAAUUCUGCAAUGUGGAGAAACUGGUUGAGAUGUUCACCAAACUCAACCCUUUAGCCAAAGAGUUUUUCCCUUCUUCUAAGCAAAACCGAAACCUGAACGAUGACAAUAACAACAAUACCUUUUACCAAUUCGAUUCUUCCGAGGCCAACUACAAGCUGUCGGUGAACGACAAUAACAGAAGGAGGAGAAACAAUUUUAAUCAGGGGAGGAGAAGGUUAAAUGGAAGAAACUUUAGAGCUCAGCGAGAAAAUAGUGUUAGACGAACUGUAUAUGUUUCUGAUAUUGAUCAGCAGGUCACUGAAGAGAGGCUUGCUGCCUUAUUUAGCGGUUGUGGACAAGUUGUUGAUUGCCGCAUUUGUGGUGAUCCGCAUUCGGUACUCCGUUUUGCAUUUGUGGAGUUUGCUGAUGAGCACGGUGCAAGAGCAGCUCUAAAUCUUGGUGGGACAGUGCUAGGAUACUAUCCAGUUAGGGUCUUACCUUCAAAAACUGCAAUCCUUCCCGUGAAUCCUACAUUCCUUCCUCGAUCAGAUGAUGAACGGGAAAUGUGUUCAAGGACUGUGUACUGUACAAAUAUUGAUAAGAAGGUGUCUCAAACUGAAGUCAAGACUUUCUUUGAAUCCGCUUGUGGGGAAGUUACUCGUAUAAGGCUUUUGGGGGAUCAUGUGCAUUCAACUCGUAUAGCUUUUGUUGAAUUUGCCAUGGCAGAAAGCGCUAUAAUUGCACUGAAUUGUAGUGGAAUGGUCUUGGGGACUCAACCUAUAAGGGUAAGUCCCUCAAAGACACCAGUGCGGGCUCGAGUUACUCGUCCACCGUUGCAUUGACGAGUCCUCUAUGUAAGGAUUAGUCCCGCCCGCUUACCAAUUGGAGAAAAUUUGUUGGGUUUUAGUGGUUGAUGAAACACCUUUCUUUCUUUCAAUAUGUCAAUCUUUUUAUUCAGCAACAAUUGUUGUUCUGUUACUCUACACAUCGGGACCUGCUUCACAAUUUGAAGUUUUUACGGGAUGGUUUCGAUCUUAAGUAUUUCACCUCUAUUUUCUGCUGUGUUUUGGCAAUAUCAUUUAUGCAAGUGGAUAAUGCUAGUUUGGGUACAGGGGUUAUGUUGAGAAUAUUAUUUAUCACACUAGUGCACGUUACACUGGAAAAGCAUAAUUACCAUUAUGGUUAUUGGA